CGCAAAAAAAAAAAUCAAAACCGCGCGUUUUUGAUAGACAUCUCCCGCUACUAUAUGUUCCCUCUUCGUUCUUCAAACUCUUUUCGCAGAUCUCUGGUUCAGUAUUUCUCACUACAUUUUUCUUCGACUCCCAUAGCUCAUAGCUGCAUUCGACGCCUGUCGCGAGAAAAUGCGGAAGCAAAGCAGCAGAUCGAGAAAAUCAGCUGAAAGCACACAGCUCGGCAAAGGCAAAGUAACUCCGGCGCAGGUUGCCUUCAUCGUCGAUUGUUAUCUCGGCGAUAACAAUCUCUCCAAAACCCGAUACGCCUUCCGCUCCGAAGCUCCGCAUCUCUUCUCCAAAUCACCCGCUCAAGAGUCUACGAAGGUGCUGAGCUUAGGAGAGUUGCUAGAUGAGUACAUAUGUUUGAAGGGGCAGAAAUUGGCAAUCGACCAAGAAAGGGGACAUCUGGAGCAAGAAAAACUUCGACUUCAGAAUUUGCUGAAGGGAAUGCAGGAUGUUAUGAAUGCUUAUAAUGGCUCUGCUAAUCUCAAUACUCCUCCUCCUCCUCCGCUAGUCUCUCCCUCUCCAUUUCCUGCAGGUGGAUAUUCAGUGGGUAAUACACCAAAUAUGAUACAGAGUAUGGUGCCAUCCGCAGUUCAAACCUAUUCUUGCACACCACCUAUAGAUCCCUUGCCAACAAAAAGGAAGCGUUCCAUGUCCAAUGCUAAUUUGAUUUCAAAGAGAUCUCACAAGAGUUCAGUUAACAGCCAACUGCCCCUUGAAGGUUAUAAGGCACUUGCCCAAGCAAACAUUUCAGAUAAAGGUGAUGGGGAUCCUUCAAAACUUUCUGCAGUUCCAUCAUCAGCCUGUGAUACUGAUGGUACCGGAGCAACAGCAGUCCAAGUAUCCAAUGUUGCCAAAUGCCUGUUUAACCAGUCAACUCAGUCUCCACCAACAAAUUCUUCUGGUCCUAAGACACCUCCACAUGCAUCUUCCUCUCUAACAAAAAAUUCCAUAUCACCCGUAGAGAUUACUUCAACUGCUACUUCUGUUGAUAAUGUUACUACUCAGCAAAUGGUAUCAUCCAACUGCAUGAUAAUAUCUUCAGAAACAAUCCGAGUUAGCCCUUCCAAACAACCAGGGUACUAUUCUAUUGAGAGAAAUCAGUGCAUAUCUACUUUGUCACCCGUUAAGACAAACAUGAAACCCAUUAUGAGGGAUCAUGUGAAAGGAAGGCUAGAUUUUGACGCCUCUGAUGUGCCUUCUUGUUCAACAAGGGUAUUAAGUACUCCUGGUGGGACUUCAACUUCUGAAUCAGAUGGAGAGAUAUUUGACUUGGAUUUAGAUGCUCUAGGAAUGGAUUUUAAUCUCUCUGAGCUUUUGGGGGACUUCGACCUUUGUGUAGAGGGAAAUUAUUGUUCUCCCCAGCCAGACAAGAGUUCUUCAUCAGAGACCCUUUCAGACUCGCCAAGUAAAUCAGAAGAUGCUGAUAUAGGACCCAGUCAAAUGACAUCCCAAAUUUCAUCAACAUUUACAGAAGUCCUUGCAAAUGAUACUGGCUUAACAGAUCCAGAUACUUGCACAACCAUGAAGUCUGUCACUAAAUGUGUCAAGAUUUUAAGUCCUGGCUUAUGGAAGCUCAACGGGUCAGAGGAAUUGUAACUGAUGUUUCCAAAGCCACCAGGGUUUUUUUGGGCGCUCAAAGGAUCUAUAGAAGACGCUGAAAGUAGAGUAACACAUAUAUUAGUUAGUUCUAAUGCACAGAGGUUUAUUAGGCAGUGGACACUAAAAAGGGUGCUGUAACAAACUAAGUUACUGGUAGAUGUUGAGUUUUAUGCUCAGCCACAUAACUAUUAAUUUUAUAAAUUUAGUAUUUGGAAUGCCUUUUUACAGUUACUAAAUAUCAGUUCAAAAGCUUUUAAAGGUCCUAUGCGUGCUGAACUAAAUGUUAGAUCUCAAUAUGAUCCAAUUGAAGUUUGAUGAUCCUAAUCUAUUUAUGGUUGCUUAUAAAACCUAGCUAAUACUCAGUAUUGUCUUAUAAGCUAGUUUGUGGCACUUGUAAGUAAGAAUGAUUUCACAAGUGAUCUAAGUUGUGGGCAUUGUGGCAAAGUCACCGUGGGAUAAUCCUCAUCAAUGUCAAAAAAGACACCCUCCAUGUGGUUUGUAGAUCCUGAAUACGAAUCCAGUAAUCAAGGAAGUAUCAUUGUAUCAUAUUAGAAGAUCCACCAAUGGAAUUGAAUACCACAAUGUAGUUCUAAGAGUUCUUUUUACAACAGCUCCUCUUUCUUUGACAUUGCAAUACCAGUCUACCUGCUGUGGAAAACAAGCUUAAGUUGGGCAACUUAAGAGUUAAAUGAGAGUUGGUAUAUACCUGAUUGUAGAUCACAUAUACGGAGUAUCUUUUUUUUUUAAUCCUUGCGUUCUGCAUUGAUGUCUCCCUUAGCUCUGAUGAGGUUAUUCAUGUCGGAACAUUGUAGCAGCAAUGUGCUCUGGCUGCACCAAUGAUGAACAAUCAAACGAUGAACAACUCAGGGUGAACAUUGUUUGUCUGCUGAGCACUGUAAUACUGAUUAGCCAAGUGGUUGAACUCACCAUUCAACCACUUGGCUAAUCAGAUUUAUAAGUAUGACCCAAAAUUUCUACCAUUCAAAUCUACUAUAUUGGUGCUUGGUCUUGGAGUUUCAACCUGUAUAAAG